GGUGUCGAUGCCCUCAGGGUCCCUGGCAGGGUGGCGGGCUCCCAGGGCCCUACCUGGGGCGGUGACGCACCCAGGGGCCUUCUCAGGUGCGGUGGCGCCCAAUGUCCUCCCAGAGGCACCGGUGCCCCAAGGGACCUCUCCAGGUGUCAUGCCCCAGGCGCCGGCCAAGGGGUAACGUCGCCCAAGGGGCCCGCCAGGGGUAACGACGCCCACAAGGGCUCUCCUUAUGGGCAGCGAUGCCCCCAGGGGCCUCCUCAGGGCUGCUGGUGCCCCAGGGGACCAUCCAAGCAGUGGCGCCCCAAGGGCGACGGUACCACUGGGGGCCUUCCCAGGGGCGCUACAGGAAGGCGUCCCCUGCCUGGAAACCUACAGCUUUUUGGUCGUAAUUAA